AUGGGAGUUCGGAAGGUGGCGGCGAGGCAGAGGCAGCAGUGGGCGGCGUGCGAUCGGAGAAGAAGCGGUGGGGGUGGCGAAGGCGGCCAGGCGGAGCGGCGUGGUGGAAAAAACUCGGACCGGCGGUUGCGAGGGCGGCAAGACGAAGGUGGCGCUGCGGUGGAACGGCGACGGCGGUUGCGGCAAGGACGGGCGGCGCUGUGGACGGCCGCGGUGACGAAGGCGGACGAACGCGGUGGCAAGGCGGCGAGGCGGGCGGCGACGGCGGACGAAGGCGGUGGCGAGGGUGCUCACGGUGAGGAAGAUGAACAGAGGGCUCCGAUCUUCACGGCGAUGGCGGUGGCCGGGGCUCUAGGAUCUACGGCGAUGGGCGGUGGCCGAUCACGGGAUCCGGCCGGUGGCGCCUUUUUGUGGCGCGAUGCAGCGGCGGUGAAGCGUGGGAGUGGUGGCCGCAGGCUUGGCGGCUGGCGGGAUGGGGUGGAGGUCGCGGCUGCGGCGGCGGAGCUUGCGGCGGCAAGAGGCGGCUGA